GAUGUGUUGCCUAUCGGCCGCCACAAUUAAAAACAAAGACCCAUAACCUCACAUUCUACAAUUUCACUGUAGAAAUUAAUCUUAAAUCACAAAAUGAGUAAAUACGCCAAGUACGCAGACUUAAUGAAAUUAACAACGGAAUACGCUCUUCGCAUGAACCGUUUAAGCAACAGAAUAUUUGGUGAAGUUGUGCGACCGACGAAUUCGAAAUCGUUGAAGGUUGUGAAAAUAUUCAGCGAGGAACCGAGAAACCUGAAGAGGGAAAUUUUCGCCUACUAUCCGCGGCACGUGGAAACCGGCAAGCUGAUGAUGAGAUUACGUAAUUACGGCCUAUAUCGAGACGAACACGAGGAUUUCAGGGAAGAAAUGCAAAGGUUACGCGAGUUACGAGGGAAGGCAAAGAAUACGCGUAAACCACGAAAGGCAGCGCAGCAAAAUGAAUAGUUCUUUAUUGUUGUAGUAUAAAAUUAUAAUUCACUUUUCGUCGUA